CUCGGGUGGCAGUAUAUCGUGGUGGUGCACUGAGAGGUGAAGGGUAGCGACGCAGUGUAGAGAAGUCACCACUACUAACACCACUUCCACUCGCCACCACUACUAACACCACUUCCACUCGCCACCACUACUAACCCCACUUCCACUCGCCACCACUACUAACCCCACUUCCACUCGCCACCACUACUAACACCACUUCCACUCGCCACCACUACUAACACCACUUCCACCUUCUAUCAACACCACCACCAUUAAACCAACUCACUGCCACCAUUACUAGUGAUCAGGUCAUGACCCCGCCGGCGACUACACCUUCUGCUGCUGUUAAAUCCGUCUCUAACACGACUACUGAAGCCUCUACAGCUACUUCAGGCACCACCUACAUGAACACUCACCACAGUACCCCGCCUCACCCCACCAGGAUGACUGACAGGGACUCUACCUCGACCAGUGUGGUAGAUUCAGAGGGUCGACUCCUGAAGAAGGUGUUGGAGGUGGUAGAACGGGAGAAACUGGUGACGGGAAUGAGUGAGACGCAGAAGGUGGUAGACUUCCAUCACCCACAACACCUACAGAAACUACUACAGCUGGAGAUCAGGAGGGAGGGGAGGACGCUGACGGAGGCCCAGGAGGUGCUGGAGAAGGUGGUUCAGUAUAGCGUCAAGACCCAACACCCUCACUUCUACAACCAGCUGUACGCGGGUAUCGACGAGGUGGCUCUGACCGGUGCCUGGCUCACUGAAGCCCUCAACACUAACCAACACACGUUCGAGGUGGCCCCUGUCUUCAUCAUGGUAGAACACUUUGUCAUCUCUAAACUUGUGGAGCUGUUUGGCUGGCAGCAGGGCGAUGGCAUUUUCUCCCCAGGAGGUAGUAUGAGCAACAUGUACGGUUUGGUGUUGGCCAGGUACCGCGCCCACCCAGAGGUCAAGAGGCGAGGUAACUCCAGUACUAGGCCCUUGGUGAUCCUGACCUCUGACCAGAGUCACUACUCCAUCAAGAAGGCGGCAGCAUGGGCCGGCCUGGGGACGGACAACGUGGUGCUGGUUCAGACGGACUCCUUGGGGAGGAUGCUGCCUCAGGCGCUGAAGGAGGCGGUAAAGGAAGCCAGGAGAAGUGGAGGAGAUCCUUUCUUCGUCAAUGCCACUGCAGGAAGCACCGUGUUUGGGGCAUUCGAUCCCCUGGAAGAGGUGGCGGACGUGUGUGAGGAGGAAGGACUUUGGUUACAUGUUGACGCGUGUUGGGGAGGGACGGCCAUACUCUCCAGAACAUAUUCACACCUGCUGCAGGGUAUACACAGGGCUGACUCCAUUUCUUGGAACCCUCACAAGAUGCUCGGUGUCUCUCUGCAGUGUUCACCCUUCAUCGUCAAGCACCAGGGUCUGCUCCACGAGGCCAACUCCGCAAGCGCCUCCUACUUGUUCCAGCAAGAUAAGUUCUACGACACGUCGUACGACACGGGGGACAAGAGCUUCCAGUGUGGUCGCAAGGUGGACGCCUUCAAGCUCUACCUUGUAAUGAGUCUCCACGGACUCGACGAGCUGGAAAGACGUGUCGACGCCGCCUUCAGUGCCUCCAGGUACCUGUACGACCAGGUGUUAGCUCGUCCUGGGUUCCGGCCGGUGCUUGACAGGUGCCAGUGUACCAAUACCUGUUUCUGGUACAUCCCGCCCAGCCUCCGAGGACAACCCGAGACCCAAGAGUGGUGGGAGAAGUUGAGCAAGGUAGCGCCAGAACUCAAGACUAGGAUGAUCAAGGCUGGCAGUAUGAUGAUCGGAUACCAGCCAGUCAAGGAGAAGGGGCUGGUCAACUUCGUCCGGAUGAUCAAUACCUGUGUACCAGCCCCGACGAACCAACACAUGGAACAGGUUUUGGAUCAGCUGGAAGCACUAGGAGCUGACCUGUAGGAUAGCUGGGUGAUGUUUGCGAUAGCUGGGUGAUGUUUACGAUAGCUGGGUGAUGUUUACAAUAGCUGGAGGAUGUUUACGAUAGCUGGCUUAUCUUGUAGUAGCUGAUGCACUUCAUGAUGACAGCUAACACUUAUUAUGAAGACAGUUACUGAGCUCAAUCUAAAGUGAAUAAAGUUUCAAAGUUC